AUGCUCUCCAAAUUUGUAGUAGUUGAAGUGAGUAAUACGAACAACACAAUGACGCUUGUGGAAUACUUGGUAACACAUGGAUUCGAUAAGUUUGCAGUUGUGACUGAUUUAAUGGAUCAUCCCUCUUUCAAAUAUAAAGAUGGAUCAUCAAGUCCUGAAUCACCUUCAACGACAGUAUCAACCGCAGCUCAACAUACACCUCCAAGAACUGCAGUUUCAACACCAACCUCAAUAAGUACACCAGUUCCUCCACAUAACAACAAACCGAGAGCAUCAAUUGAGUCAAUAGCGAAAGCAUUGUCAACGAAGAAGGUGUCACCAGCUCCUGCUGAAAAACAAAUGCCAGCUCAUAUGAGUAUGCUGCAACAUCAGCUGUCCAAUCCUCAUGCGAUGUCUCAACUACAAAAACUUCUUGAAGAACAACAGAAGAUGACAAUUCAGAAGAAGGAACAAGAGAGACAGCAAGCUGAAAUUCAUCGAAUUCUUCUGCAACAGGCUGCUCAACUCAAUACAUUCGGAAUUGAACGAAUGACACCAGAAUAUGAUGAUAAUCAACAUAGCGAGACGAUAUCAAAAGCCAGUUCAGAAGACUUGAAAGCUGAAACAGAUUCAUCAGACUUCGGAUUGGGAACCAGUGAUGAGCAAGUUCGUGCUUCAAUGAUUCAUCUUCUCAAUCCAGCUUUCGGAUCCGCUUUCGGACUUCUUGACACUGAAGCAAUGUUUGGAACACCAUCAACACCAACCUCUGGAACAAAGAGACGUAAUGGAGAUUCUGGAAGUGUUCCAUCAAAGAAGCAUCGCUGGCUCCCAGUCAACGAGCUCGAAGAGAGCCGGUCAUCUCGUGGAAAGAAUUGUGGAAGAGUUCACUGCAAAGCCACAUAUAAAUGUGCACUCUGUGGAAAACCAACUACACUCAACUCAACAGGAUCAAGAUGGAACCUUCUGAGACAUGUUAUUAUGAUCCAUUCAGAUGCCAAACCAUACAAGUGCUGGGAUUGUGACUUCACUGGAAUCAAAUCAAACGUAAUCUCCCAUGCCAGACAAUGCCGACACCGUGCCGACGAUGCCCACGAUAUUACAACCGACGAGAUGCGUGCCGAAUGGAACCUCCGACUCCACGAAUGCUUCCCAGACUAUGUGCGUGCUAAGGAACGUGGAUGGCAGCCAGAGGAGUCUCCAGAAAAGAAACCAGAUGAAGAAUCACCAGUGAAGACAGAAACGAUUGAGGAAAUUGAGCACAUUGUGCAGCCACUUCUGAAGAUAGAAGCCCCGCUUGCUGUUUCUUCGUAG